AUGCUGUGUCAUUCUGUCGUUCAAAAAAUAAAUGAAAUCCAAAAAGAAAAUAUUGCAUCGAUCGAGGUGGAUUUCUGCAUUCGUUGGUUUUUUCUUGCGAUACCACGGAGACCGAGUUUGCGGACGAGGAAGGCACGACGGGCGGCGACCAGGUGCAGCAGGCCAUCGUUGAAAGUGAUGGCGCGUCCGGGCUGGUGGAAAAAGCGGGUAUGGUGGCUGCCUUCUGCGUCAGUCUUUAUAUGGGACCUGCUAUGCUUGUUGUCGGUGAACGGGUUGCGAAUGACUAUGUGGACAACCCUCCCGUUCAAGAUGACCAACCCGUCGAUAACCAAGAACCCGUCGCGUACUACAGUUAGAAGACAGAUGCUUUCACUCACUUACACUUCAUCAUGUUGCGCAUGCAUGACCGUGAACAUGACUCCGCGGGAAGAGUCGCCUUGUUUGUUUUGCUGUAGAUUGCUCCGGAUCUGCUGCUCAAGAUCGAUCCGGAAAGGGUUUAGCUUAGGUUUCAGGGUUUAGGAACCAACUUUAUUAUAAUAAUAUCGAUAUCCAUAUCUAUGCUUCUGCUAUCUCUGAUACUGACAAACUAAAUCAGGUGCUGUUGCUCGCUCAAGGACAAGCAAGAUGAAAAAGUCCUAUGCCAUUCUCAAGCGUUGCGUUCCUUGCUGUGUACAUGAUCUUGUAAUGCAAUAAUGUUGGCAAAAGUGAAACGGGGAAGCUUGUUGUCCGUCUCGUAUUACAAAUUUGCCGCAGAUACAGAUUAUUAUCCUUGUCCCUCGGUUUAGCGCUUCAAUAUGAAUUUCUUGUCCUGCUAAGUAGCUUGGUCGUGUGGAGGAUAACAAGCUACUUUAUUCCGUGAAGAUUAACCAUCCGCCCCGCGCCCGCCAUCCACUUUUUGCAUGACAACGACAGAACUUUCUACAUUUCAAAUCGAAUGGGGACGAAGAUGGUCAAUUUUCAGAGAAUAUACUUCGUGUGACAAAUUUUCAACGCGCUAAACAUUAGCAUCGGAGGACGAAGAUACGUAGUGACUCUGCGUCACAAAUUAUACAGCAGCGACCCAUGUAACGCUUUAAAAUCUCAUAAACGUUGUACGGCAAGACAUUAUUCGCAACACGUUGGGAUAACGAUUUUGUGCAAACGUGCAGAGCUCGAGUGACGAAGGGGAAUGCCUGUGACGAAGACUCGGGGUACUACUGCAAAGGAACGGAUACCUGUGGUUCCCCACCACGGUAAGCAGAAAAGCCAGCCAAAAACCCCUUCAACAUCGGCGGGCUCAACUGAAAAAA